GGCGCGGGAGCGCGCGCGCGCGCGUGCGGGAGGGGGCGGGUGGGGAAGCAGCGGCAACAAGCUCCCGGAGGCGAGGCUCGCGCGGCCGCCCCCGCCCUGGCCCCAGCGCCCACCCGGUCGGCCCGGCCCAGCCAUGAUCAAGGCCAUCCUCAUCUUCAACAACCACGGGAAGCCGCGGCUCUCCAAGUUCUACCAGCCCUAUAGUGAAGAUACGCAACAGCAAAUCAUCAGGGAGACUUUCCAUUUGGUAUCUAAGCGAGAUGAGAAUGUUUGUAAUUUCCUAGAAGGAGGAUUAUUAAUUGGAGGAUCUGACAACAAACUCAUUUACAGACAUUAUGCAACACUAUAUUUUGUCUUCUGUGUGGAUUCCUCAGAAAGUGAACUUGGCAUUUUAGAUCUAAUUCAAGUAUUUGUGGAAACAUUAGACAAAUGUUUUGAAAAUGUCUGUGAACUGGAUUUAAUAUUCCAUGUAGACAAGGUUCAUAAUAUUCUUGCAGAAAUGGUUAUGGGGGGAAUGGUAUUGGAGACCAACAUGAAUGAGAUUGUCACACAAAUUGAUGCACAAAAUAAACUGGAGAAAUCUGAGGCUGGCUUAGCGGGAGCUCCAGCCCGUGCUGUAUCAGCUGUAAAGAAUAUGAACCUUCCUGAGAUCCCAAGAAAUAUUAACAUUGGUGACAUCAGUAUAAAAGUGCCAAACCUGCCCUCUUUUAAAUAAAUAUUAACAAGGCCACUCCCAGGUAAAACCCAGAGGGAAAGCCAUCUAAGUUUACCAUGCAAUUGUUUACCAAAAAUAGAGGAGGAGAGUCUUAACUGUGCUCUUGGGUUUAAGUCGAGGUACUGUGCAGACCCUGCCUAGAGUCAAUAUGGAAGUUCAGUGCUGCUUUUCAUGCUCAGUGAUUUUGAAGAAAUUGACUAGUUCCCCUGUGAUUUUUUUUGUUUGUUUUCUAAAUUGUAUUCCUGUGCCCACAUAAAGGCAUGCCCCUAUAUAUUGGCUAUUACAGUCUCUGGAAAAUCGAGAUGUUUCUUUAAUUAUGUAAAACCCAAGAUGUUGAUGUUUUGUAUGGAUCGCAAGUACAGCAUUCUCUAAUUCUUUCUGCUGUUUGUCACAGUUGUUAUUUAAAGAACCAAGUAUGUAUUGCAUGAAAACAUGACCUUUUCUUUAGUUUAAAUAAACUCCAAGGUAACUGGACUUCUUAAAGUA